ACAAGACGCUGCGUUCUCAUCGAACAUCCUCUCAGGUGAGGAACAGUAUCGUUGACCAAAGCCGGUUCUAUGGGACCAGCGCAACUUGAUUCAAAACUGAAAAUCGGAUAUCGGCGUGCCCACCCAGGAGAAGCUUGGCCUCCGCGACAGCGGUGACGGUGGUCGAUCGCAGUUGUUUCCGGCCAGAAGCGAUAGAAGCCUGUCUCGUCAUCGCCGUUACACGAGGCCACCAUGAUGGAAGAAGUGGAGCAAGACUGGCGUCAGCACUACGACGCCUGCUACGAAAGGCCGCCCGCAGCCGCCGCCGUGACGGCCAUGGCACCCGUUAACAUCAGUCAGACGCAGACAUCCACGGGAGCUAUCAACCAAGGUCCGGCGAUGAUGGGCUGUAGCUCCGCAUCUAAGUUGUUUCCCUCCAAGCAAAACAGGAGCUACGGUAGUAUCCUUGGCAGUAAGACGAGCACGAUUAUUCUGCGUUCUCUGGUCCUGUUCAUCAUCGGUGUGCUCUGCCUGACCCUGAUGGCUUUCGUCGUAGUGAACUUGAGUGGCUCCGAACAAAGCCGUUCAUCGCGUAAUAGGAAACCCGAUGCGGCUAAGGAGGUUUCGCUAGAACUCGAUGCGCCCAGACUGCCGCAGGCCGCCGCCACUCCUCGGCCCGCGGCGGCGCCUGUGGCAAGGUCUCAAGCCAAGACCCGGAACCAUCGCACCCACUCGAAGCAAGCCAAAACGUCGUCGGGAAAGAAGGACAGCCUGUUGACGGAAGACAAGGAUGGUGCUGGUGGUUCGGAAGACACACAGAAAAACUCCCCCUGUGGAGAGCCUCAACAGACGUACUGCCCCGAGAUCAAGCUGUCCUACUUCUACCGCUACGAGCGCGACUUCUGCGACUCCACCUAUCGGGAGCAGGUGUUUGUGUGCAACCACAGCCCGAACCGCUUCAGCUCGCGAAAAGGCUGCACGAACGCCUGUAUCAAGAACGCCAAGCCCUUCGCUAGGUGCAAACAGCAACCCAUCUUCACCAAAUGCAACAGGAACGACUUGAAGACCUCGUACUGGUACCGUGAGGGUAAGCGCUGUGUGGAGUGGGCCUACCCGGAUGGCUACUGCGCCACCAAGCACAGGGGCGUGGCGCGAAGCCUGCGAGAAUGCCGCGACAACUGCCUCGGUCCCGGCACGAACGACUACAGCUGCACGUUGCCUGCCGAGUACACGUGCCCGCCAGAAGAGCUCAAGUUCCCGUACUUCGCGCACACCUUCUCCAACGGCACCGUCGCGUGCCUAGUGGCCGAAGCGGAACGUCUGCGCCAGCACCGCUGCCUGGUGGGCGAAAACAAGUACACCUCGAGGGAAGAGUGCCACAAGGCUUGCUCCAAGGACGCCAAACCCGCAAAUAAGAGCAGGAAGCACUAGCCGAACAGGAUGCAGCAUUUUGUGGACUGCGCUCCGUUGCAGUAUUUUGUAAGUUCGAAAAGAAAGAAAAAAAAAAAGUAUGUUCGGGGUGUGUAACCGGGUGUGCUGUCGGGAA